AUGCUAAAUGACACACCCACCAGCGUCAGGACAGUUCCGAGGGCAGCCUUAAGAGGCCAAAAUGAGCGGCCGCAGAUCGCGAGGAGCAUGUGGACGCUUGGGCGCCGAGCGGCUGCCAGCCUCUUGCCCUGCUCGGCGCCCCCGGGCUCUGCCCAGGCCCGCGCCGUGGCCCCGCAGCCAACGAAAGACCCCCGGCUCUACGGCUGCCGGGGCCUGCGCACCGGGACCGCUGCGGCCAGCACACCCAGCCAGCCCAGUCCGAGCCUCUGCUGCCUCAACCAGAUCCUGAAUGUCAAAAAGCAGUGUGUCUGUUGGAUGGAUUUGAGGACAACAGGAACUUUGGGUGACGCUGGCCCUCUGGACGAUACCACCUAUGAAAGACUGGCCGAGGAGAUGCUGGACUCCUUAGCAGAGCUCUUUGAAGACCUUGCAGACAGACCUUACACAUUUGAAGGCUAUGAGGUCUCCUUUGGGAGUGGUGUUUUAACAAUUAAACUGGGUGGAGAUCUAGGAACGUACGUGAUCAACAAGCAGACCCCAAACAAGCAAAUCUGGUUAUCUUCACCAUCCAGCGGCCCCAAGCAUUACGACUGGACUGGGAGAAACUGGGUGUACUCCCACGACGGUGUGUCCCUCCACGAGCUGCUGGCCACAGAGCUGACCCAAGCCUUAAAAACCAAACUGGACUUAUCUUCUCUGGCCUACUCUGGAAAAGGCACUUGCUGCCCAGCCUAA